GCCACAAGCUUGCGCUAUGAUGUUCGACGGCGAUGCGUGUGUCUUCUCAUAUCGACGCGGCAUCCUUGUCGGCCACAUUCGACCUGGUUCCGCUGGUCGAGCAAGACAUGCUCUGAUGCUAUUGAGACUUAACGGCCCGGUUCUGUGCAGGAACGCACAAGCCCGUCACUUGCACGCGGACUUGCCAUGAUGUCAAUAGCGGACUGCCUGAUACUGCGCGCUGCCUAUGGGAAGCCACAAGCCGUCACUUGCACGCAGACAUGACGAUGAUCUCAAUGGGGGCAGGCACAUGGAUGGCAUUCCCAACAUUCUUCCGUACCGCGCAUUUGCCACCAUGUUGCUGGGCAUCCUCCAUCAGGUGGGCGCGUCCGGUCCAGUAUAUCAGCUGCCCCUUCCCCAUCCUCUCUGCUCUUUCCUCGUUCCUCAUGCAUCGGAAACUGAAUGAUUUGGCAAGUUCGUUCUUCACUUGUCAAGAUAUAAACAGGUUUCCAUCGCCCAUCUCCGAACUCCUUUCUUACAUCCCACGAAGGCGCCAACGUCUUCGGAAUCCCGUCUCUCGCUGUCGGGCACCCUCACGGCUCGACAUUCCCUUUUUUUCUCCUUUUUUUAUUAAAAAAAUGGAACCAACACCCCCCCUCUCUCCUCGCCUCGGCCCCUAUGGCGAGAUUAUGGCGACCGAGAACACGGGGGGCACAACCAGCGCCCAGUUCUUCGAGGACGAUGCCGUCUGCUCGCUCCUCGCGCACCUGGACGAGCCCACCGACCUCCUGGUGCUUGGUCUCCCCGACACGGGCAAGAAGUCGCUGUUGGCCAACCUCCGCGCCGUCGCCACCGCCGCCACCGCCGACGACCUCUUCGCGGCCCCUUCCUGUGCCGACGCGUGGCCUUCCUUUUGCUCGCCUGCCCCCGCCCCGACCCCCGACUGUGGGUGGCAGCUCACCGUCAACAACGCUCAAUGCGCCGCAUUCGACCUCGGCGGGAACCAUCAGGAGUCGUGGUGGCGGUGCCGUCGCCUAAAGCAGCACCUGCAGCGCGCGCUGGUGCCGCAGGAGACGGACGAGCUGCUGAAGCAGCAACCACCGGGUGCGCGGGUCGGCGGAGUGCUCUUCGUGGUGGACUGGGAGGCGUGGCAAACGCACGAGAAGGCGUACCAGGAAAUGCUCGGUGUCCUGAACAUCGACCAGCUCGCGGGCGUACCGUUCGCUAUCUUGUUCUCUGGCGCCGACCCCAACCCCGACGAGUGCAACCUCGCCGAGUAUGAGAGCGUCUACGACCAGUGGCGCAGCUCCGUGCCGUCCGACGGGGAGGUAGAGGUGUUUAUGGGCUCCGUCGAGGACCACUGGGGGUACAGGGCGGCGUUCGAGUGGCUGCUGAAGGACUUUGUGUGA